CGUUAAGACCAUAUUACAUUUCGUUCAGCGCUGUUCUGUGUGCUUCGGUUUAUCGUCGUCAUUCAAUUCGCUCAAACGCUAUCGCAUAGACGUUACACACAAAAUAUAUUGAGAUCGUGAAAAAAGAGAAAAAGAGAAAGACAGACAGACAAAGAAAGAGCAAGAAGCUAUCAAAAAUGAAAUUCAAAGACAUUUGGCGGCAACAUUGAAAUGAAUAUUUGUUUUCGGUGUUCGUUCAGUUUGAUGCUACUCAUUAAUGGAUUCUUUGUGAGAUUUUAAAAACGAAAAACGUUAUUUUUUGUUGUUGUAUAUUCAUUUGUCUUGGAACAUUACAAACAGUAUCCAUUUUAAUUAACUUUUUGGCACUUCGCUGUUUCCAUUCCACACAGCACCUAAUACAAGAGCAAAAAAACUGCCAUAAAAAAAUGAGAUAGAAAACUUAAAAAUAAGCACAAAGAGAAAAAAAAAAAAAAAACAAAAAAAAGUGAUAGGAGCGAAAAAAUCCCAAGAAGAAAAAUCAUACGCAAAAUUGGAAGUCAUCAUAAAAUUCGUUUUUCUCCUAUUUUCUUUUACACAAAAUAAUAUUCACACACGCUGUAAAUGCCAAUAAAUUAAAAGUUAAUUUGGUAGUGCAUUUCCGAAUCGGAUUCAAUUUGCUUUCACAAUUGUUCUCCAACUGUUUUUUCCUCUUCAUUGAAAUUUUGAUGCGGAUUUUACGUGAUUCAUUCGAUUUGUUCGAAACUUUCAAGCGCUAAAACGAUAAAUCUUUUUUGAAGGCAGGAAAAGACGUGAGAAAAAAAGGACCGGAAAAAGAGAUAGACAGCGGGAGCGAAAGAUCGAGCAAAGAAAUGUGCAUGUGCGCGCUUUUAUGCUGACAAAUCGAAUUUUACUUAAAAACUCUUAUUGACAGUGCGUACCGUGGAUAGUCAAGUAGACAGGAUCUCGGUUAACGAAAACGCGAAGAAAAAAAAGUAUAUUACAUUACAAAACAAUCAACAAGGAGCAAGAAAUAAAUGAACAUGUAAGGAACCAAGAAAAAGAGACAAACAAUAAAAAGAAAAUUGAAAAUUCUUCUGGAAAAGAUAAAAAGACAAAAAAAAAAUCGACAUCUGAAGUUGGUGGAAAUAGAAUUUUUUGGUGCGAUUUCGAUUGCGUUAAGACCAUUGUUUUGUUAAUAGAAUUGUAGUGGUUUCGAAGUUUUCGAUUUUCGACAAUAUUUUUUAUUGACAUCGACCUUGAAAGCUAUCACACCGUUGUAUUUUCGCCAUGGUUUAACGGAAGAAUCGAUCACAAACACACAUACACACAUCGCUCGCAUAUCUAGAUUCAAUUUUGCAGCCACGAUCACACGGAUUCACAAUACACCGUACUGCCAACAUCGCGCGUUCUCUGUGUAUGAUAUGCAAAAAUCUGGAUUAUAAAUGUUAACGAUGUAGCUAUAAAAGACUGCUAACUGCUUGGGAGGAAUUUUAUCGUUCUUGUUUUAGUACCUUUAAAAUGAAACGAAUAGACUUAAGCAAAAACAGAUGGCAUUGGAUUAAAGGUGGUAAAAACAAGGCACUAGUUCGGACAUAGUAACGCAAUGAGUAACUGUACAGACAUAGAUUCGGUAAAAUGGACAGAACCGGGAAAUUUGGUGUCGCUGGCUUGUCUAGCUUUCAUAAAUGUUUUGGUGAUUGUUGGCAACUGUUUGGUGAUUGCAGCCGUAUUUUGCUCCCAUAAAUUGAGAAGUGUUACAAACUUCUUUAUUGUCAGUUUGGCUGUGGCUGAUUUGCUCGUCGGAAUAGCUGUACUACCAUUCUCUGCAACAUGGGAAGUGUUCAAGGUGUGGAUAUUUGGAGAUUUGUGGUGUUCAAUAUGGUUGGCAGUUGAUGUAUGGAUGUGUACUGCUUCGAUUCUUAAUUUAUGUGCCAUAUCGUUGGAUCGAUACGUAGCUGUUACACGACCUGUUACUUAUCCUAGUAUAAUGUCAACAAAACGCGCCAAAUUAUUGGUGGCCGGUGUUUGGGUGUUAUCGUUCGUUAUUUGUCUGCCCCAAUUAGUUGGGCUAACGCAAAACCAUAAGGUGCAAACGUCACUAUCAGUAUACUAUCAAUAUGAGAACCACACACUUCUCUCAAUGACAACUGAAACACCAGCCCAACAACAAAAACCAUGUAAAUGGACCUGUGAAUUAACAAAUGACAGAGGCUAUGUCGUUUAUUCGGCGCUUGGUUCAUUUUAUAUACCAAUGUUUGUAAUGCUGUUUUUCUAUUGGCGAAUUUACCGAGCGGCUGUCAGAACAACGCGUGCCAUAAAUCAAGGAUUCAAAACCACAAAGGGUACAAAGGGCAUUGGAAAUCGUUUCGAUGAGCAACGUUUAACGUUGCGAAUUCAUCGUGGUCGUGGGUCAAAUUACCAUGAAUCGUCACUAAGCAAUGGCAGCACUCACAGUACAUCGACAAGCAUUGGCAGCUCAUCGCCCGAACGCCAUUCCAAAUUUUCGACGCGAAAACACGACAAAAUCAAAAUAUCCGUAUCAUAUCCAUCAUCCGAGAAUAUAAGUAGUCCAAGUGCACAAAAAUCAAAUGUUUUGUAUGCCGUACAUUAUUCAUCAAAUGGAAAGGAUUUAACAUCGUCACGAAUAUUUCGUGGCAAUGAUAGCUAUUUACAAGUUGUAAAAAGUCUACCAAAUUUGGAAAAAAGUUUAUCGCCGCGCACAAGCAAAAAAAUGGGAAAACGUAAUAUUAAAGCGCAAGUGAAACGAUUUCGAAUGGAAACAAAAGCGGCAAAAACGUUAGCGAUAAUUGUUGGUUUGUUUAUUGUGUGUUGGCUUCCAUUUUUCACCAUGUAUUUGGUGCGUGCAUUUUGUGACAAUUGCAUUCAACCGUUAUUGUUUUCGUUAUUCUUUUGGUUGGGCUAUUGUAAUUCGGCCGUUAAUCCAAUGAUUUACGCUCUAUUUUCAAAAGACUUUCGAUUCGCAUUCAAGCGUAUUAUAUGCAAAUGCUUUUGCUCAGGACCUGGGUUUAAGAAAAUUACCAGUCGACGUGGCUCCGAUUUGUCCGCGAUACGUACGGGCGGACGAACACCAAGCAUUUCACCAAGCGCUGCUGCAAAUUCACUUGACGAUAGUGAUCAGAUGAACGAACUUCAUUCCGAACUUAGAUGACGUUCACUUGCUCCCAGUCUAAGUUCAACAUGUAAUUCAACAUCUAGUCCUGGGGUUCGACAAAAUACACUCAACAAACCAAAUACAUACGAUAUCUGCCAUCCAUUAGUUAUGGAAUCAUCAACUUAUUCAUAUGGCGGAUGUAACCAACAAACCACAUCAACAUCCAGCGGCAAAAUUAACCCAUAAGAUCUAUCGCAUUCACUCUGUAUUGGUGUAAUAUUAUAUUUAACAUUAUUAUUAGAAGUCAAUGAAUGACAUUUUGUUGUUAGGAAUAAAUUUCUCUUUGUCACUCUCUAUUUCUGAUUCUUAUGUAUCAAAACACAAUUUGUAUGUGACACAAUAACAAUGAAAUGACUGAACGCUUUUACCGAUUUAUCGACGAAAUAGCUUAUAUUAGAUUACAUUACAUUUCAGCUGACAACCAAAUUUGAUCACAAAAAUUAACAGAGCUGGAAGCUUAUGCAAAACACCAAUCAGCGUAAGCAAUGAGCUACUUAGAGCUUAUUGAUUCAAACCAAAUAAAUCCAGUCGAACCGACUGUACUUUUCUUUAUAGCGUAUUAUUUUUUUCAAUUCAAAAAUAAAAGUGCUCACAAAUCUUGCGAACAUUUUAUCGUUUGUGCUCUGCUCCGAACCACUUUCGUUACUUAUCGUUCUCACUGAUCAUUUGGACUCAUGUAUAAUCACAUAAAUUGAACAUUUUGAAGACUGAAUUGACAUUUUGAAUUGGCAUUACUUUGCAAAAUCGGUGUAUAAUUUAAAACUCUGGAUAUUUUUCAAUUAAAUCAAAUCAAAACAAAGAGCAAAAAACCAUCAAUGUAAUUAAAUACCCCAAUGAAACUAUUCAUCUAUCUUCGGCGAAGUUUCUAUUCAGAAUUUACGUUACAAAUCGAUUCAUUAAUAAUAAUCAAAUUAAAUGCAAUGCAAAUGAAAUAAAGUUUUGUGACAAAAUGACAUUUCAUCAAUUCACAAUCGUUUGAAUUGUAAUGAUAGAGCCGAAUCAUAAUGAAGUUAAGUGAAUGUAGGCGUAUGACAUAUAUGUUAUGUUGAUUUAUACAGAACGAGUUCGAAACACAAUAAUCCUAAUUGUAGUUCGAUUUUCCGAAGGCGUGGGUGGUCUGUGCAAUCAAUUCCAUUACACAAAAAAGAAAGAAAAAACCAAUAUGCAUAUUAUAUGUCUAUUGAAUAGACCAAUUCAUUGAACAAUGACAUGACAAAUGUGUGGUUUAUACUUAAAUAAAAUAAAAAAAAAUAAAUAAAUAACCGGAGAAGCCAAAGAAUUAAUUAUUACCGUACGAAGUGUUAUUAACAUUUUACCCAGAGAAAAGUGUAUGAUAAUCUAAUUGCAAAUGUAUGCUCUGCAAGCACACGUGGAACAUUGACGCACAAAAGAAACCUUUGAACGGAAUCAAAAAACAAGUCAUCGCAUGACUAUUAAUUUUCAAUUCCGUGCCCACACAUGCACACACACAUUUGUGGUGAUCGUUUUUCAUAUGUUGGCUUCAUUUCCAUCAUCAUCAUCAUUAUUGUGAGUAAAAGUCAGCUGUUUUUAUAGUGUCAGUCAUCAUAUGCAAUUGCUAUCGAGAGCGCGAUAGUCAAAUAGUGAUGCCAUUUGCAAUGUACAGCGCCCGACUGCUUUCAAUUUGUCUUUAAAUUGGAGUACCGAAAAUCAAAAUUUGAAUAAUAAACAUAAAACUCAAACAAUAUCAUCAUUCUUGCGUUAAUUCAUGCUGCGAACAUUAUUGCUUGGCUUGCAAAAAAAAAAAAAAAACGAAUCAAUAUGAACUCACGCAACAGGCAUUUCACAUUUUCUAUGUAUUCCAAUCCACAAUAAUUUUCCAUGCAUUCAGUUCAGAAGUUGAUAUUUACCGCAAAUUUACGAAACUUUUUGAACUGUGCAACAUCAUAUUAUAAAAACAACAUCAGUUAAUGAAAGACCUCGAAAUAAACGCUGAUUCCGGAAUAAAAAAGGUUGAUUAAGCCUCGAGGUAAACAUCAAUAGAUGGGCUGGUGUCAUUUUAUUUAUGCAGUCGAUUGUCUGAUUUAUUGCUUGGUUAAUUGAAUUUCGUUGCUCGGUUUUUAUUUUAACAAUUUCGAUAAAAAAGCAUACAUCAAAAUAUGUUUAGUAAAAAUGAGAAAACAUGAGGUUUUAAUUUAAAUAAAAUAUUGGUACCACACUCAUGUAGAAUAUAAAUAUGGUUUACAUUUCACGAUGUACAACCAAAAAUGUUUCAUAUUUUCGUCGAUGAAUUAGUCUCCAUUUUUCGCCAUCACCUAAUCGAUAUCGAUACACUAAUGAAUCUAUGAUCUUUUUGUUCAAUAAUACUUAAUUGUAGAACAUGUGAUGGAAUAAGAGUGAUUUAAUGAUAAAUAAUAAUAUAUAUGAGAGAGUUGAGCAUGUAUGACAUGUGAAAUAUGUAAAUUGCGUUGGUAUUAAGGAUCGAAUAAAAAAAAAGUUUGAUGAAAUGAGUGUGAAUAUAUGGAUUUAUAAUUGUUAGAGUAGCACGAUGUUAAAAUAAUUGCUACUUAUAAAUUAAUUGAUUGUAUUUUUUUUACUAUUCAAACCUAUUAAAGAAAAAACAAGAACAUUCAUAUAAUUUUAUUCAUUUCGAUUAAUUAAUUUUCAAUAAGAGUUUAUGACAUUAAGGCGUUUAUUAAAUGAAUAAUAUUUUCUUUACCAGGAAAAGUAAACGAGAGUGUUAAUAUGGCACAUCUCUAUGUGGAGUUGCGUGUACCAUAGCCAAAAUCGUCGAGUAUGUUUAGUACCUGAUUUUAAAAUUAUGAAUUUAAAACAAAAAGUAAUAGUUUCGGAAAAUGCUGACUGUUGUUGUAUAAUCCGCGUACUUUAAACGUAUAAAAUACGACUUUGGCCAUAGGUUCUGACACUACAAAACUUAGAGGGGGAGGGUCACGGCCGAAAAUCGACGGGGGGUCCCCAGCCGAAAAAACCCUAGCAAAAUUGAAUAUUUCUGAAAAUUUGUAAAUCUGUAGCAAAAUAUUUCUUUUCAGAUGCUAUGUCUUCUCGGGG